UAUUUUAGUAAAACAUUUUCAAACAUUUUCCUUCCUACCAAACACACUUUCCCUCUUCCUUUUCCUUUCUUCAGAGUAUUUCCCUUUUUUACUUCAAUUCCGCUGCCAUGGCCGACUGUUCCACUGUGUCUAGCAGUAGUAAUGAGCCAUAUCCCAUUAUAUGUCACUAUCAGAAUGACAUUUUCUGUUUCAAGGAGCUCCGUGAUGGUUCUAUUCAUUCUGCAUAAUUUUGUUGAAUUCGAAGAUGGGUCUAUAUUGUCAACAAAGAAUCGUGAAUCAUAUGUCCCGGUAAAACCCACUGAUGAAUACUUUAGGCUGGAAGAAACUCCGGCCAAUUUACUUUGGGACGAGAGUUUUCCAUUGCUUAAAGUUGGAGCUUGGGAAAAUGCAGAAAAUAAUAAUGUGGGUCAAGUGUUUGAUACAAGUACCCAAAGAGCUACUCAUACUUUUCAAGAAACAGAGCCAAAACCCACUGGAAAAGGAGAAAAGAAAGGAGUUGAAGUGUCAGAAGAACAGGUGAAUCAAAUUCGUGAAGAGCUUUCUUGUGCUACUAAAAAAGAAAGUGAGAACAAAUUGAAAUGGUGGGAGUACGUUUUCCAGAAAAGGCUUUUAUUUGAGGCUUGAUCAUCCUGCGGUUGAUUUGCAGCAACGGAAGUUCUUGCACUGUAAACACAGGCCUUUGGAAUACAAUUCAACUAUUAUUUCCUAAAGAAGUAGAAGCCAGAAAAGCAGCAGGAGCUUUAAAUUGUGGAGAAGCUGAGCAUCAAAGUUCAAAAAAUUUCAGGACUAGGAGAGUGUUACCAAGCCAGGAUGAUGCUGCUGCAUUAGCAUGGCGACUGCAGAGAGAGAAGUUCAUGUAGAACUUUAGGAAAGAAGAGAAUUUGAAGGUCAUGGCUCUAGAGGUUUCUAAAUUUUCUUAUAGUAGAAAAACAAACGACCCUCAGAGUCGUAUGACCAGUUCAUGAGAAAUUGGAAAACUUGUUUUUCAACUCACUUUUCACUUUUGAAGUAUAUUUCAAUACAUUCAAGCAUGAACAACAUUAUUCUCUUCUAGUUGAAAUCUAACGCCAAACGCCUACUGUAAAAGACAC